GUGUUCGGCCCAUUUCAUACCUCUUUGGCCAGCUUCUGUGAAAAUGCAGCCUCUUUCUGUCACCCUUCUUUUUGCUUUGGUGUGCCUUGCAUCAGGUGUGGAUAGGCAGCUUGUCAGUGCUAAUGGCACCUUUGCAAACAGAAGAGAUUAUACCUCGAUAUCAGUAAAAAAUGGAGGACGUUGGGGGGUUUGGACAUGGAUUGACAAGUGUCCACCAGGAUCAUACGCCAUUGGCUUUACCAUAAAGGUGGAGGAGUAUAGAGGUAUUAGCGAUGACACUUCACUCAAUGGAAUCCGAUUAUUCUGUUCAACUGAACAAACCAGCAAUAUUAUGUAUACUGUUGAAUCUGAACCUGGAGAAUAUGGACGUUGGUCAGCAAUUAGAUGGUGUCCACGAAAUGGCGUCUUAUCUUCUUUUCAGCUGAAAGUUGAAGCAGAUCAAGGAGCUGGAGAUGACACUGCAGUAAACAACAUCCGGUUCCGUUGCAGCAAUGGUCUUCAGGUCGAAGAAACUGGGGGUACAUAUGGUGAAUACAGCGAGUGGAGUACACCCUGUGAGAGAGGUGGAAUUUGUGGCCUUCAAACUAAGCAGGAGCCCUAUCAGGGCAUUUGGGUAGAUGAUACAGCCCUAAAUGAUGUCCGCUUCUUCUGCUGUGAAUAAAGUCUGUGGAAUCUAAGCGGUCCUUUUACACAAUUAAAUCACUGUGUGAUGAAUA